UUACUUUUACUUCCCUUUUCUCUUUUCACAUGAUAUAGACCCUUCCUUUUUUGCACCAAUUUCUCCCCAAAAAAGCAUGAUUCAACACCCAAUUUGUCUUCUUCUCCUUCCCUAAAACCUCAAUUCCAUUCACAUUCAUACCCUUCUUUAAUCCUUUCUUAAUUUCAAUGCUCCAUACUGUAACCUAUAAGCAACAUUUUAUACUUUUUACAAUCCACACUUUCUGAUUUUACUAUUAAUCCCCCAUUAGCUUCUGAUCCAUGCCACUUCUUCCCUUAAAUCUGUACUGGGUUUUUCUCAGAAGCUCCAAUUAUGUUCAAUCUUGGAGCUUUCUUCUUUCUUUUGCCCUCUUUUACCUGUUUUUCUUCUGUUAUAGCUGCUGCCCAUCACCAACAAUCUCUUUAUCCUCUUAAUUUCAUAUUGGGUAACCAGAAUCUGGGCCCAUUAGAUGAUGGAAUUCUAGGUCAAGAUCAAGCACCAGAUCCAGCCUCCUAUGAGCCUAAGGUUCCUCUAAUGUUGGCUGGAAAUCGAACCAAGAGACCCGAUAUUCUUCGAAAAUUUAAGAUUUAUCAGGGUGGUUGGGAUAUUUCAAAUAAGCAUUACUGGGCGUCUGUUGCAUUUACCGGCGUUGCUGGUUUCAUCGUCACACUCAUAUGGUUGAUCUUAUUUGGUAUAACGCUGCUUGUUCACCAUUGUUUUGGAUGGAGAAUAAGCUUCAAAGGGAAAGAUUCAAAGCAAUCCGAAAAGAUUCGAGUUGUGCUGCUGUUAUUGUUUUCAUGCGCUUCCAUGGUGGGUUGUAUUCUUUUAUCGGUUGGCCAACUUGAUCUACAUAACGAAGUGUUGCAUACGUUGAAAUAUGUUGUAAACCAGUCAGACAACACAGCUCAAAUGCUGAGAAAUGUUUCGGAUUUCUUAUCAAUUGCGAAAUCUGUUGACGUCCCUCAAUUCAAUCUUCCACAGAGUACUAUGCAGGAGAUUGAUGAUCUUCGUUCGCGCUUGAGUUCUGGUGCUGAAAUACUAACUGAUAAAACCAAUGAAAAUUCUGUAAAACUUAGAAGAGUCUUCACUACAAUAAAAUCAGCGUUAAUCAUAGUAGCUUCUGUAAUGCUUGUUCUGGCUGUUUUAGGUCUUGUCCUUUCUCUCCUCGGGUGCCAAAAUGUGAUUCACAUAUUCAUUUUCAGUGGAUGGAUACUAGUAGCGAUUACUUUGACUCUCUGUGGAACUUUUAUGAUCUUCAAUUCUGCUAUUUCGGACUCAUGUGUGGCAAUGAAAGAGUGGGUGGAUAAUCCGCAAGCGGAGACAACUCUUGGCAACAUUCUUCCAUGUGACGAUGAGACAGCAACCAACAAUACACUAUACGAAAGUCGAAAAGUUGUUAGCAUGCUUGUAAACACUGUCAAUACUUAUAUCUACACCGCAGCAAACACAGAUCGGCCUCCGUCUGAUGAAUUCUAUUACAAUCAAUCUGGACCGUUGAUACCCCCUUUAUGCUACCCUUUCGACGAUAAAAUGAAAGAUCGUGAGUGUUCAUCUCAGGAGGUUUCUUUGCAAAAUGCAUCCACGGUGUGGGAAAAUUACAUUUGCACGACAACCUUGGAUAACAAAAAUUGCACAAGCCCCGGAAGGUUGACGCCAAAGGUGUACGGUCAGCUAGUCGUGGCAGUAAACGCCAGUUACGCUGUGCUACAUUACACCCCUGCAAUGCUGGACCUCGAGAACUGCAAUUUCUUGCGGGAGACGUUCAUGACAAUCACAUCCAAGUACUGCCCUCCAUUGGAGCAUUACCUCGUGAUUGUAAAAGUAGGUUUAGGGUUCAUCUCGGCUGGUAUAAUGCUCUGCCUUAUUCUUUGGUUAGUCUAUGCAAACCGCCCCCAAAGGGAGGAAGUGUUUGUUAAAACCGCGUCAAUAAAUGGCAGUUGCACCGAAAAUAAGGAUAGGAUUGUCGUCACUUCGCCCGCUAGAGUUGUACCUGAUUUAGGCUUAUAGUCGAGGCUUCGUGAUUUCGUUCUUUGUAUUCGUAUGUGAUUUUUUUUGUCGGCCUUCCACAUAAUGAUCAAGAAACCGAGGUGGUGCGAGACACUAUCUCGCGUUUGUGGGUUGUGGCAUUACAUGUAUGUGUAACGAUUGUAUAAUAUACAGUUUUAUAGGUAUAAAACGAGCCAUGAUAUUUGUACACUUGAACAAGUAACAAGAAAUGGCUAUUACUAAAUGGUAUGUUAUGUUAUAAACUUACAAGAAAGUUUCUUAAAUGAAGUCCAACUUUUGCUCAAAAUAAUGCUUAAUAAAUAAAUUAAAAUUUGUCAUUUUAAAAAAAUUUUCAUUCCACAUCUCACAUAGGAUCUAGGUUUAGUGGGAAAGACA